UCACGGAGCAGGAGGAGCAGGAGGAGCAGCAGGAGGAGCAGCAGGAGGAGCUGAGCGCUUUAAUCCGAACAAGUUGUCUGAAAGGGACAGCGGGGACAUGAGGACUGCAGGAUCCGGACCCGGGCCUCGAUUCUCCUUCUGACAGCCAGGCUGUGCUCGGAGCUGGUUUCCUUGGAGACGAGAGGAGGAGGAUGUUUUGAGAGUUGGAGUCCGAUCACACUGCCGCCAUGAGCCACAAGUAUCAGGACGAGGCAUCGGGAGGGCCCGGCGAGGAGCACAAGGGGCCUCCGAGGAGCAGGCAGCCCAACGGGACGUCACCCGGUGACCCUCCGGUACGCCGGUCCUGGAGGCCGUGUCAGAUGCUGAACCAGGACGGGGAGCCGAACCCCCACCACCACCACCAUCAUCAUCCUCACCAACACCACCACCAUGCAGGUCGUGGACCCCCUCGGCAUCGACGGCGACCUCCAACAGGCCAGGGCCAGGCUCCAAGUCCUGGUCAGGCACCAAGUCCUGGUCAGGCUCCAAGUCCUGGUCAGGCUCCGAGUCCUGGUCAAGUUCAUAGUCCUGGUCAGGUUCAUAGUCCUGGUCAGGUUCAUAGUCCUGGUCAGGCUCCGGCAGGGUCUGCUUUCAGGCAAGAAGGGGACGUGAGUCUGGAUUCUCGUCCCAUCCAGCAACCCCGCCCUGGUGUCGCCCGGUACCGCCGCCACGGGGACCCUAACCCCAGGCUCCGAGGUCCCAGACCGAGGCAGCCGGUCAGAGAGACUCUUCAGGACUCGGAGGAGCGAGAGGCUCCGGUGAAGGCUCAGGUACAGCAACGAUCACCGGGUGAUCCUGGAACCGAUCAACUGCAGGACAGAGGAUCUCCUCACCGGACUCCCGUCGCUGUCGUCACUCCGACCCACCUCUCAACGGGUCCCGCAACCCAGAAGAACACGCAAACUCAACCGCAGGACCUCGGGGAGGAGGGAAAAGUGGAGUGUGAAGAGAAAUUGGAGGAAGUGAAGCAGAAGGAGGAAGAAGAACAAGAAGAGCAAGCGGAGGAUGAUGAAGACCGCAAGUCAGCCACCGGAAACUCCAGCUGCAGCCAAAACGACACGCAGGCAGUCGGUGGCGAAGCAGAGGAAUGUUUGGAGGUGGUGGAGGAGGAGAAGGUGGUGGAGGAGGAGAGGGUGGAGGAGGAGAGGGUGGAGGAGGAGGUGGUGGAGGAGGAGAUGGUGGAGGAGGAGAUGGUGGAGGAGGAUCAGGACGAGGUGAUGGACGAGGUAGCCGAGGAUAUGGCAGCUCAGGGAAGUGAAAUCACUGAUCUCUGCUCCGACACGGAGAGCGCCGCCUCCCUCAGCAUGGACGGACCUCUCCACAGUCCUCCUCCGCUCCACUCCCCGACUCCUCCUUCCUCCCCGGACGUUCCCCCAUUCCCCCAGCUGGACCACUUCACCGAGGAGGACACCAGUAUGAGUCCCGUGCCCGACAACGACCUGCUACCCGAAGAUGAAGAAGAUGAGGAUUGCUCCGAGUCGUGCUCGCUGUCUCACGCCACCUCCUGCUCCGACUCUUAUCCUAAAACCUAUGCAGACUUUUAUACAGAGUCCCACCAAAAGCCGUACCAGGAGCCUGCCUACGAGUCGUACUCGGAGCCAAAAUCCCAUCCCAACUCUUUCCCAGAGCCCCUGAAGGCCUCCUACCCCGAGUUACACAGAGAACCUCGCAGGCAAUCUGGUUGGAGGACUGAGUCUAAUGAGGAGUCCCGCCAGGAGCCCUUUACCAGCCAUAGACAGGAGAAUGUACAGAAAGGGGCUCCAUCGUCCCCCAACAAGGGCUCCCAGUACGCCCCGAGGCCGGCCAGAGACCGCGGGUCACACCACUCACUGCAAAAACUGAAAUCUAAAGCUGACUUUGUGCAGUGCCCCCCUGUGGACCGGUCCGUGGGCUGCCGGCUGCACCACUAUGACGGACAGUCCGACGGCGAGGGGGACGGUGGCGACCAAAGUCCCGUUGCCAAAGGUCGCAGGCAGGCCCCCAGACCGGCGGAGACCCAGGCCAGGAGCCCCUCGUCUGGGCACAGCAGCUCCGGAGAGGCCCCGGAGGAGCUGACCGCGGCGGGUCCCCAAGGGGAAGACGGUCCGAGGGGCUCAGGAGACGCCAUCAGCAUCGCCAUUAAAGACAUAAAGGAGGCGAUCGAGGAGGUGAAGACCAAGACGAUACGCUCGCCCUACACACCCGACAAACCCGUGGAGCCGAUCUGGGUGAUGAGGCAGGAGGUGAGCCCCACCGAGGAGGGAUUCCCCCUGCAGACUACAGCUGGACAUUCUUCUCCUCACUCCCCCGCUCAGUCUGAGUCUCCUUCUCGAUACACCGAGCCGCUCAGUCCGCUGAGAGCCGAGUCAGCCAGAGCUCCUCAUCCCCAGCACUAUAACCACCACCAGGGUCCCCAAAACCACCACCAGGGCCCCCAAAACCACCACCAGGGCCCGCAAAACCACCACCAGGGCCACCAGGGUCCCCAAAACCACCACCAGGGUCCCCAACACCACCACCAGGGCCCCCAAAACCACCACCAGGGCCACCAGGGCCACCAGGGUCCCCAGUCCCAGCAGAGGGACCCCGCCAGGCCGCCACCACAGACGUACACACAGCCAUCGCAGCAACCGUAUGCACACAUGCCUCCAAAUCAGCAUCAACAGCGUCAACAUCCACAUCAGCAACACAGUCAACAACAACAACAACAACAACAACAACAGCAUCACCAGCCUCCCACUCAGCGCUCCAGACCUCCAGUUCAGCCACAGUCGCCUCCACAGCCGCCGUCUGUCCAGGAGCUUCGCAGAUCUCUUCCUCCGUUUCCAACGUUUGUGGACGUCCCGGGACCAUGUGACCCUGAAGACCUGAUUGAUGGCAUCAUCUUUGCUGCUACCUACCUGGGCUGCACACACCUGCUGUCAGAGAGGACGCCCUCCAAGAGCGCCCGCAUGCAGCAGGCGCAGGAGGCCAUGAACAGAGUCCGGGCGGCUCAGAAACAAGCCAAGAACAGGAAGAAGAGUCCUGACAGCGAGGCUCCGUCCACCGCCGAGGUCGAUCUCUUCAUGUCAACGCAGAGGAUCAAAGUUCUCAAUGCAGACACUCAGGAGUCUUUAAUGGAUCUGCCUCUGAGGACCAUCUCCUACAUCGCCGACAUCGGGAACAUGGUGGUGCUGAUGGCUCGGGGCAAGAUGGUUCGUUCCCGCAGCGCUCAGGAGAACCUGGACUCAGCUGAGCAGACCAGCAUGGCCGACGACAGGCGGCUGUACAGGAUGAUCUGCCACGUCUUCGAGUCCGAGGACGCCCAGCUGAUCGCCCAGUCCAUCGGCCAGUCCUUCAGCGUGGCCUACCAGGAGUUCCUGCGGGCCAACGGCAUCGACCCCGAGGACCUGAGCCAGAGGGAGUACAGCGACCUGCUCAACACUCAGGACAUGUACAACGACGACCUCAUCCACUUCUCCAAGUCGGAGAACUGCAGAGACGUUUACAUAGAGAAGCAGAAGGGGGAGAUGCUGGGCGUGGUGAUCGUGGAGUCGGGCUGGGGCUCCAUCCUGCCCACCGUCAUCAUCGCCAGCAUGAUGCACGCCGGCCCGGCCGAGAAGUCGGGACGCCUGAACAUCGGGGACCAGAUCAUGACCAUCAACGGGACGAGCCUGGUGGGGCUACCGCUAGGCACCUGCCAGAGCAUCAUCAAGGGUCUCAAGUCUCAGUCCAGGAUGAAGCUGAACAUCGUCAGGUGUCCCCCCGUCACCAUGGUGCUGAUCCGCAGGCCGGACCUCCGGUACCAGCUGGGCUUCAGCGUCCAGAACGGCAUCAUCUGCAGCCUGAUGCGAGGAGGAAUCGCUGAGCGAGGAGGCGUCCGCGUCGGUCACCGGAUCAUCGAGAUCAACAGCCAGAGCGUGGUGGCCACGCCGCACGAGAAGAUCGUCCAGAUCCUGUCCAACGCCAUGGGAGAGAUCCACAUGAAGACGAUGCCUGCAGCCAUGUACCGUCUGCUGACAGCACAGGAGCAACCGGUCUACAUCUGAAUACACCUGGACACACCUGGACACACCUGAACACACCUGGACACAUCUCGACACAUCUGGACACACCUGGACACACCUGAACACACCUGAACACAUCUGGACACACCUGAACACACCUGGACACAUCUGGACACACCUGAACACACCUGGACACACCUGGACACACCUGAACACAUCUGGACACAUCUGGACACACCUGAACACAUCUCAGCACACCUGAACACAUCUGGAAACAUCUCAGCACAUCUCAACACACCUGGACACACCUGAACACACCUCAUCUCAACACACCUGAACACAUCUCAUCUCAACACACCUGAACACAUCUCAGCACAUCUCAACACACCUGGACACACCUGAACACAUCUCAUCUCACCUGAACACAUCUCAUGUCUCUCCUGUCCAUCAUCAGUCCU